AUGGGUGCAAGUGAUUCGAAGCUUGUCUUCAAGAAAGGCAUCUUCAGACUAUCUGAAGAGAGGCACAUUCCCGCAGACGAAAGCUACUGGACUUCGUUUUGGGAACUACCAGAGUCUUCUGAAGACAUCUUCAGUCUCUUUACCCCAGCAGAUAUUCGGCGGACUCGCGACAAUGCCCUGGAAAACCUGGAAACAUUAGUCCUCGCCGUGACGUCCCGGCUGUUCAUCCUUCGCCAUCACCCCUCUUUCCCCGACCCUGAGCUCGCCCCCGAGCGGGAUGCGCUGAACUGCGUUCGAGUUCUUACUCGGAUCCUCCCCUACAUCUACGAGAAGGAGUCACUGCAGCCAUGGGAAGAGCGGUUCUUCUGGGGCGCGCGGAGGAAACGCACCAGGAAGUCAUCUAUCACCCCCGAAGUCUUCUUCGACGAGGCCCAAGAGGCGCAAGACGUCCAACAGAAAACAACAACCGAUGAAUUUGAAGAUGCCAAACCGUUGGCCGAGGAGCUCAUAGACACCCUCAUUGAUCUCCUCUUCUUCUCCGACCUGACUGUCCCAAAGCAGCCGCCUGGCAAGCCCAAGGUCAGCUAUGCGAUAUGGCAAAGCGGCAUCGGAUGCAACACCGCGGUCCCGACAACAAAGGAGUACGAGAGCAACCGGUGCGAGAUCAUCCGCCUGCUCUUGACGCUGGCCAGCCAGAGCAUGUACACAUCCCCGAGCAUCCUCCCACAACGGGGCAUCAAGGCCCUCACCUACAUCUGCACAUGUCCAGAUAAGCAGGUCGUCCUCUCACUCCUCUGCUCGCUAUUAAAUACGACUCUCAAAUACAACCCAGCGAGUUGGAGGGUGCCAUACAAUACCCUCGUCUUCAAGGAUCCAAAAGAGAUCUUGACCACGUAUACCCUCCAGUUCCUGUUGGUCAUCCUUCUGUACCCUAUACCGGAGCAAAACGGAGAACCUCCGCAGAAGAACUACUACCGCCACUUCUUUGGGCGGUUGCAUCGACCGCAAGACUUCCAGUUCAUGGUCGACGGCAUGACAAGGACCUUGAACCAACCACUGCACGUCAAUGCCUCGUAUAUUCCUGGCACGCAGUCAUUCGUCAAGUUCGCUCCCGAGAUUCUCAUGUUGUUUUGGGAGGUCACGCAGUGCAAUAAACGCUUCCGGUCCUUCAUCAUAGACACGGAGAGGGCUCACGAUUUCGUCAUACUCCUUCUGUUCUACGCCCUCGAGUAUAAGGGCGAUGCGUCGAAGCAAGGGGUUGUGAGGAUGUGCGCCUUCCUCUUGCAGACACUGAGCGUCGAGAAGAACUUUGGGGUGAACCUGAACAAGAAAUUCAAAGCCCAGGAUACCCUUCCGCCAGCUAUCAGGAUUGUAGGAUUUCGAGGCUCCUAUGCUGAUUUCCUGAUACAUUCGAUAUACAAUCUCAUCACGACCAGCCAGGGGAAGCUUACUGCCAUAUACCCCGCCCUAUUGGCCGUCAUCAACAACAUCGCUGCCUAUUUGGAAGGGUUGAGUGCGCAAACUUGCUCCAAGAUCAUGCAGCUUUUCAACUCUAUGUCUUCGCCGUCCUUCUUAUUGGCCAAUGAAACCAAUCACGAUCUUCUGCGGUCGCUCCUUGAAUCCAUGAACUCGAUUGUUGAGCAUCAGUAUAAGAAAAAUCCCGAGUUUGUUUAUGCGAUCCUUAGGAAUCGAAAACGAUUCGAAGCCUUGCGCUCUUUCACCCUGGAAAGCGGGCAAGAAGAGAUCGAGAAGCGCAACCGACGGAGGAAGGAGUCCGGCAGGCCCUUGGAUCCUCUCGAACCUACAUCUACUCGCAGCUCAGUAGAGAGCCUCCGAAGCACUACCGCGCCUCAGCCAAUGACGCCAACUCUGAGCGAUGUUCCUGAAGAGGAUGGGACUUUUGCCAUUGGAGACGAGGAGGACGACAGCGAUGACGAAGAACGGCCGACGCCAGCGGCAUCCAGCCCGAACGAAAACCCGUCUCGGGCUUCUUCGGUCGCGUCACAAGUAGAGGACGAUGUCCCACGGCAACUCCGUGGGAUGUCGGAGAAGGCUAGGGGCAAGAUGCCAGCGGGUGCGAACAGCUUCUCGCGCCAGAACAGCACGACAAGCCUGGGCAGCAAUUCCGCUGCGGGCCAGUCGCACAUGGGAGCCUUUGAGCCGACGGCACAGUGGAUCGAUAGCUGGCUUCCGGAGCUGCCUCUCCAUACCAUCUUGACGCUGAUUCAGCAGCUCACCGCCCUUAUCCCGCGUCAGGCUAUUGCAUCCGAUGCUCCCCACUCGGAAAUGCUGAGCAAGAUCCAAGAGGUGCGCCUUGUAGGGGUUGAGCCAUCGCCCAUUCGCGUACACUCGUUCGAGUGGUCGCCUCUAGCCCUUGGAUGGUACGAGUCUCUCAUCUGGAGCUUCAUCUUCAGCAGCGAGAUGCAGGUAGCAAAGGGCACAAUCGGCAUCUGGAACGCCACGGCGAUCAAGCUCUUCCGCGUGCAGGAGACCGCGCCCGAGGGCCCUACCUUGACCUCGCCGCGGGGAGCGGUGGAUGCGGUCGGGAGCAAUAUCGUCUCCAGAAUCGGGUCUAUCAACCUUAGAGGUGCACCGGCUCCCGCUAGUGGGGGGGAUACGCCUUCUAGACCCGGCUGA